AUUAAUUUGUCUCUCCUCUUCUCUCUCGCUGACUCCACAAAAUUUGAGCUUUUUGUUUUGAAGUUCUUGAGAACAAGUGAAGAGCUCUUAAUAUCCACAAGACUCUCUUGUUUCUUUCUUAAAUGGCUAAAGUUUAUUGGCCGUAUUUCGAUCCUGAAUAUGAGAACUUGAGCACCAGAAUCAAUCCUCCAAGUGUUUCUAUAGAUAACACUAGCUGCAAAGAAUGCACUCUUGUCAAGGUGGACAGUAUGAACAAACCUGGAAUACUACUGGAAGUUGUGCAAGUCCUAACCGAUCUCGAUCUCACAAUCACGAAAGCUUAUAUCUCUUCUGAUGGUGGAUGGUUCAUGGACGUAUUCCAUGUCACUGAUCAACAAGGAAACAAGGUUACUGAUAGCAAAACCAUUGAUUACAUCGAGAAGGUGCUAGGACCAAAGGGUCAUGCUUCGGCUUCACAAAACGCUUGGCCUGGUAAAAGAGUCGGUGUCCAUUCAUUAGGCGACCACACAUCGAUUGAGAUUAUUGCUCGUGAUCGUCCUGGUCUAUUGUCUGAGGUCUCAGCCGUACUAGCAGACCUCAACAUCAAUGUGGUGGCUGCUGAAGCAUGGACUCACAACCGUAGGAUCGCGUGUGUCCUCUAUGUGAAUGACAAUGCAACUUCUAGAGCCGUUGAUGACCCAGAUAGAUUGUCUGCCAUGGAAGAACAGCUCAACAACGUGCUGCGUGGGUGUGAACACGAAGAUGAGAAAUUUGCUCGGACGAGUCUCUCCAUUGGGUCAACUCACGUUGAUCGAAGGCUUCAUCAGAUGUUUUUCGCUGAUAAAGACUAUGAAGCAGUGACCAAGCUUGAUGACUCUGCUUCUCGUGGACUCGAGCCCAAAAUCACAGUUGAGCAUUGCGAAGAGAAAGGUUACUCUGUGAUAAACGUGAGCUGCGAGGAUCGACCAAAGCUCAUGUUUGACAUUGUAUGCACGCUUACGGAUAUGCAAUACAUUGUGUUUCACGCCACGAUUUCAUCGAGCGGCUCUCAUGCUUCUCAGGAGUAUUUCAUUAGACACAAAGACGGUUGCACUCUUGACACAGAAGGAGAGAAAGAGAGAGUUGUCAAAUGUCUAGAAGCCGCAAUCCAUAGACGAGUCAGCGAGGGUUGGAGUUUGGAGCUCUGCGCAAAGGACAGAGUUGGAUUACUGUCGGAAGUGACAAGGAUUCUGAGAGAGCACGGGCUAUCAGUGUCUAGAGCUGGUGUGACAACAGUAGGAGAACAAGCCGUCAAUGUUUUCUAUGUGAAAGAUGCUUCAGGGAAUCCAGUGGACGUGAAGACGAUUGAGGCGUUACGCGGAGAGAUUGGACACAGUAUGAUGAUUGACUUCAAGAAUAAAGUUCCGAGCAGAAAAUGGAAAGAAGAAGGUCAAGCCGGAACAGGAGGAGGAUGGGCCAAAACCACUUUCUUCUUUGGGAAUUUGCUGGAGAAGUUACUGCCUUGAGAGAAAAGGUAAUUAUAAAUGUGUGGAUAAAAUGUACUGUAAAAUGUGUAUUAUGUAUGAUCUAGAGGGCCUUAGUGUGGUGUAUGACUUGGUCAGGGAUUUUGGUGGUUUGCCCGAAACUAAACCGAACCAAAACUGGUUUUCGGUUACUUAGUCAUAGUAAAAUGAACAUGUGUAU